AUGAAUAAAUUGAAUAUCUAUCUGUUUCUUUCAGAAGUUUCUUCCGUGAACGACGGCACAGUGAAUGCUUAUACAGAAAGUGAUAAAUUAACAAACUCUGAAGAGUUACAAAGUAAAGCCGAGGGCCCUAAAAGUCCGUCCUGUCAAGAGGUUCAAAAAGAUUCAAAUUGCACUAUUAACAAGUCGGUAGAAUUACUUCAUUCGCGCGAAAACGACAGUAGAGUUACUCCGCCAAGCCCAAGAGUAAAUAAAGAAAGAAAUUUGUUUACAGAACUAAAACUAAGAAAGCAAUAUUAUGAUGAACAAGUCAAUUCUGCAGCAGGGGACGAAAAUAUCUCGUCUGAAGUGUCAGAUUUAAACAACAACGUCAACGACAGCAAAAGCAAAGCAGCAAGUGGUUUUGAAGAAGACAAGUUGUCGGAAAAGCCGCAUACUGUUAAUCCUAAAGACAAACAAUCGGCCAACUUGCACUCAAAAAGUGUCGGCCAUAGAGAGCAACGGUUUCACCAAAAGUCCGAAGAAUCCUCUUUGCAAGACAAUAACAGCAUAGCAAAGAAUGAACCGCCUUUACCGGGGAUCGCAACUGAAGCAAAGAUAAACAGUACGAGAUCAUGCGAUGAAUCUACAAACAAUUUUGAGGCAGCUGACAUCAAUAAAGGGGUCAGCGACCAGGUUUCACAGGAGAAAUUUGAGGGACAUCAAUUGAGUCGUGAAGUGGGAGGAGGUAAUGAGAAGAUGUUUGUAUGCUGUGAAUGUGGAGAGAAAUUUGAUGAUGAAAACAGUAUGAUAAUGCAUUGUGUGGAUGUCCACUAA